AUAUAUAGGGCUAAGCCAGCCAAAUAAAUCCACACACUUCUCCAUUCGAGUCUCUCGACACCUUUGUCCACAGCGCAUAGAAUGGCAAGCCAGACGGUUGCGGUAGGAAAUUGGGGUGGACCCGGUGGUAAUGCAUGGGACGAUGGGUCAUACACUGGAGUUCGAAGUAUAGAGCUUACUUACGGCAAUUAUAUUGGUACUUUUAAUGUGGUUUACGAUUUGAAUGGUGAACCUUUUGAUGGGCCAAAACAUUCUAGUAAUCGUCCCCUCACAACUGCAAAGAUUGAACUACAAUUCCCAGAUGAGUAUUUAGUGAAAGUGAGUGGAAUCGUCAAUAACGUACCUGGUGCAAGCCCUUCUCCAACAAUACAAUCACUGACCUUCCAGACCAACCAGAGAACUUUUGGACCAUAUGGACCUGAAACAGGUGGCACUCCUUUUAGCCUCCCAAUUAGGAACGGCUUGAUUGUUGGUUUCAGUGGAAGAACCGGUGAAGUCCUUGACGCCAUUGGCGUUCACUUGGCACUUUAAGAUCAUCAUGAUCUUGCAACCUGGCUUAUUAUUAGUAAAUAAAAUGACAUCUGCUUCUAAGAUGUCUUGGCUUUUUAUAAAUAAUGUCAAAUCAGAACGAGGUUUAUAAUGGUAAUAUAAUUUGUUGGUUUUAAUGUACUGGCUAUUAUUACCGUGAUAUACGCCUUUGAUGAUUUGAAGUAGUGGUUUGUUUGUUUGUAAUGUUUAAAAUGAGCUCUCUAUGUAGAACCUUUUAAAUAAAUAAUAGCCACACGCUAUAUUUUUAUCUUUUUU